AUGGACCGAACACAGGGCUCCAUCAGGCAAGUUUUCAUCACAAAACAAUCGACAUAUCAGAGACCUUCCGCCCCAGAAUCAGAGCAGGAAAAUAUUACCUCUACACCAGUCCCUUUUGUAACUUCUUUCCGCGAAUCUACCCAUAGGGUUGCGCCCUCUCGCACGCAGUCCAGUUUUGAAAUCCAUCGAAACCACCCUAAAGGCGAUGGCCGGCGUUUUGACAGUAGACAUCUUCACGAUAGACCGAAGUCGAAACGUACUAUCCCAGGAUGUGAGCCCUGGGUGCUGGUCAAAACAAAACUUGGACGGAGAUUCGUCCAUAAUCCAGAUACACAAGAAAGCUUCUGGAAAUUUCCGCCAAAUAUUCUGAAGGGUGUCCUGGAAUAUGACCAAGUGGAAAGAGAAAACCGAGAAAGGAUUGGACAGGAAGGUAUAAGUCAAGUAGUUGAUAUCCAGACGAACGAAACCGAUCGCCCGGCAAAUGCGCCUUCGUAUGGGAAUUAUAGUGUGUCAGAACGCGAAGAAGCAUGUAGUGACGAGUACGAAGAAGUUGAAGUUACUGACGAAGAAGAGGAACUAGAAAAUGUCCGAACUGCAACAGAGGAUUCUCAGAAUAAGCCAGUAGAAUUCAAUGAAGAUGACAUUGCGUAUCAAUUGGCGGCAAUGGGUGAAGAUUACGGGCUGGAUGCGGGUGAAUAUGGCGAACUCGGAGGGGAUAACGCUGAAGGCAAAGAAGAUUUAGCUCUAACUGAAGAAGAGAUGGCCAUUCUCUUUCGUGAUCUGCUAGAUGAUCACCGGAUAAACCCAUAUACGCCCUGGGAAAAGGUUAUUGAAGAGGCUAAAAUCAUUGAUGACACUCGAUAUACAGUACUGCCGAAUAUGAAAUCGAGGCGAGAGGUGUGGUCUAAUUGGAGUCGCGAUCGUAUCCAAGAACACAAAAAACGCAAAGAAAAAGAAGAAAAGAAGGACCCACGAAUACCAUACUUUGCCCUCCUAGAAGCACAUGCUUCUCCAAAACUAUUCUGGCCAGAGUUCAAACGCAAGUACCGAAAAGAACCACAGAUGAAGGACACUAAUAUGGCGGAGAAAGACCGAGAAAAAUACUAUCGUGAUUACAUUUCACGAUUAAAGCUUUCGGAGUCAGCUCGGAAAUCAGACCUCUCGGCUCUUCUUAAAUCAGUCUCAAUAUCACAGUUAAAUCGCUCCUCAUCGAUAGAAUCACUUCACUCUACCAUUUUAACAGAUCUUCGCUACAUCUCACUACCCCAGAAAAUACGGGAACCCCUGAUUCAGGCGUACAUCUCGACUCUUCCCAGCGGCCCAACAGAAAUUGAAAUUUCCUCCGACGAGACAGGAACGCACAGCGCAGACGACCAACGCCAAAGGCGAGAAGCCGCUCUUGCAAACCGCGAGGCAAGAGUGCAAGAAGAGAAGAAAAAGCACCAGAAAGCACUUUUACAGGGAAAGCAUCUGCUUCGCCAUGGUGAUGAGGAGAUCCAAAAAGCCAUGGCAUUUGGCAAGGUUGGAUUAAGGAGGCAUCUAGGGGAAAAUGAAGAGACCAUUGGAACAAACCAUGAUGAUCAGGAAGAAAUAGAUUGA